GGCUGCCAUCAGGAAAUAGAUCUCGGGAACCGGACCGGCUAAAUGGAGAACAGCGCAGGGGACACUGUACAACAACGCCACGAUGAUACACAAAGUAAUUUAUCCAGCGACAUGGAAGACAUCUGCGUGUUCUGUAUGAUUGCUGAAAACCAAGACAAGGACACAGAAAUUGUUAAACAGGAUUCUGAACUAGUCUGCUUUCGGGACAUUAACCCCGCUGCACCACAUCACUACCUGGUUGUGCCAAAAAAACAUAUAGUGAGCUGCUUUUCUCUCUUUAAGGAGCACGUAAAGCUAGUUGAGAGGAUGGCUGAGAUGGGGAGGGCUGUGUUGCAGGAAAAUGGCAUUGCCAAUCCAAAUGACAUCAGGAUGGGGUUCCACAGACCUCCAUAUAUCUCUGUACCUCACCUCCACCUCCAUGUCCUCGCACCGACAAGUGAGAUCACUGACGACAUGGCACACAAGUUCACACCAGGCACAAUGAGGUUCGCCACAGAUGAUGAACUGGUCUGCUUUCGUGACCUGAAACCCGGGGCACGGCAUCAUUACCUGGUUGUACCUAGGACACACGUCGGGAACUGCAAAUCACUCCGGAAGGAGCACAUACCUUUGGUGGAGAAGAUGGAGGAGAUGGGAAGGAGUGUACUGCAGAAGAAAAAGGUGACUGACCUGGAUGACAUAAGGAUGGGGUUCCACAUGCCCCCUUUCUCCUCUAUCCCUCACCUCCAUCUCCACGUCAUUGCUCCUGCCAGUCAGAUGAGCAUCAGGUCACUCAGGAACUAUGGGCCACAAUCCUAUUGGUUCAUCACUGUAGACAAAGUGCUCCAGCAGUUAAGGACCCAGAACCAGGUCAAAUAAGAAUACACCUGGUUUAGCAGGAAACAACAGCACUGGUCAACAACUCUUACAUGGUUGACUGCAUUCCCUCCCUAUACUUAACAUCCACUAACCUGAAGGACUGGCUUGCAAAAAUAUUUGUUUUGUUUUUGGUUAAAAAACACAGUAAAAUCACCAGGAAUUCUGCAAAAAAUAAAAGAUGUGAUCGUGUCUCAAUGUAAUUUAAGGUAUGAAAUUAUUGCUUAGAGAUAAAUGGGAGGCAAUUCUCAACAAGUGUUCUUUUGACCUAAUGGUACUUCUAAUAGAAGAAUCUAAAGAGGACAGACAAGUCCAAACAGAAAUUGAAGAAGUAAAAAGGAAAAUCAGAGCACCGUGACAAUUCUCACAAAGCACAAUGUGAUGAGAUCUUGAAAGAGAAAGUAGACACAUUCACUCUGAUAUUGAAACAAGACAAGCUAAGAAGAUUUAGAAGAGGUGAAGCAGACUAUAUAGAUGGCAAGGUCUUUGCCUGGAGAAAAUCAACACGCAAAAAUUCAGACUCACAUCUGCAGAGAAGGAAGCCUAGAUCUGUUUCUUUCAACUUUAUAAGCAGUGAUGACGAGGAUCACCCCAGACGCUCAGAGGCCAGCUCCUCCCAAGAUUUUUUAGAUCAGGUAGUCGUCACACAGGUUCCACAACAGGAGAGGACGCGGAAGAGGCCAACAUGGAGGGGGAGGAAGAAAUCAAGACUAUCCAACCACACAGAGCAGGACCAGAACAAGGCUGUGAUCAACAUUUCUGGAGAACCCCUUUCUAAUGAUCACAUAAGGGUAUUGUCUAAAGGACUGUCCUUUGCCCCCACAUAUUCAACUAAUGAAUUUAAUACAAAGUUUGACCUAUUUAGUUUCUACAGGAAUCUACAUCUGAAGGCCUGGUACAAGCAAAACAUCUCUCCAACUACAGAUGCCAGUGUCUCAGGUCAGGCAGUUUCUGUUCCCUCUAAAACACCUUUUAAGCCCAAGUCCACUUUUUGUCCCAUCGUCCAGAAUGCCACACUAAAUAAAUUUGCUAAGAAAGUUCACUUUGAUGUGGAGAAUCUGUUUAAGGGUAAAAUUGACUCCAACCAAACAUGACAUAAUCUUUCUAAGACAGAGCAAGAUGCAGUUGAAUCAUUGUCCAAAAAUGAACAGAUUGUGGUUAAAAAAGCAGACAAAGGUGGCGCUACAGUAGUGUGGAGUAAAGACAAAUAUGUGACAGAAGCCUACCGUCAAUUAGACAAUGAUGAAUUCUACCAAUCUCUUACCUUCAACCCAACAGAGGACCUAAACUGAAUUGAAAGGGAUCCUCACAGAAGCUAAGGAGAAUGGCUACAUUUCAGACAAUGAGUUCAAAUGUAUUUUCAAUGGCAGUAUGGCUUCUUUUAACCUUCUUCCAAAGGUCCACAAACAUCUUGAAAAUCCCCCAACACAGAUGUGUUGAACAACAUUAAGGGAUUUAACAAUAUAGGUACAGCUUCCUUUUUAGUCACCAUGGAUGUGGGGUCUCUAUACACCACCAUUGAGCAUGAACAAGGUUUGGCAGCUAUGCACCAUUUCUUGAGUACCAGACCUGAAACUAAGAUGCCUCCUACAGAAUUAAUUGUCUCACUGACUGAAUAGACUCUUAAUCAUGGCAUCUUUAUCUUUCAGGACCGUAUCUUUAAACAGGUUAAGGGUGUGCCAUGGGAGCUACAGCCCUUCCUACGCUGGCUUGUACUUGGGUAAAUGGGAAAAUGACUUCAUUUUGGAUCCUUCUAAUAACCAUUUCUUUGACCGGAUUAUAUGAUGGGGACGCUAUAUUGAUGAUGCUUGUCUGUUUUGGUCCGGCUCAGAAGAUGAACUUAUUUCCUUCCACCAAUACCUUAACAACAUUAAACCUAACAUCAAACUAACUAUGGAGUACAGCAAGGAUAACGUUAAUUUUUUUGGACCUCGAAAUUGGUAAAAAUGACAAAAGUUGUUUGCACACAUCAAUCUUUAGGAAGCCUACAGAUGGGAAUACCAUUCUGAAGGGCAGACAGCUUUCACCCCAAAAGGCUAAAAGAAAACAUUCCAUAUGGCCAAUUCCAAAGAGUCCGCAGAAUUUGCGAUCAGGAAACAGACUACAGUGUCAAAUCUGCUGAAUUGGAGAAUCGCUUCUUGAAUCGGGGCUACAGCAUUCAGGUCCUGAAAGAUUCCGGUAUAAGGGCUGGAUUACUUGACAGAGAGAACUUGUUGCGAAGGGGAGUGCCUCGUGAUACAUCGGAGAGAGUAUAUUUUGUCACAAAAUACAGCACUGAAGCAGAGAGCAUUAAAAUAAUCAUCCAAAGUGAUACGCCACCAGAAUCAUUCAAAGUGAUACGCUACUACGCCAAGUCUUUCCUGAGCCACCAGUCAUAAGCUUUAAGAAAUGUCCUCCCCUAAAUGACAAAUUAGUCCACAGUUAUCUUCCGGGUGACUCAAAACACUUGGCUUGACCACAAACCCAAGGGCUCUUUUAAAUGUAACCAUUGCAACCAUUGCAGUAAUAUUGCACAGAAGUAUUUUGUUGACACAGCUUCCUAAAUGGAGUAUUACGUCAAGCAUUUCAUUAACGGCAAAACCACUCAUGUCAUCUAUAGAUCGGAAUGUCCACAGUGCAAGGUGUUCUACAUUGGACGGACAAAGAGACGCCUUCAAGACCGCUUAGCGGAACACAAGUACGCCAUACGGGUAGGCAAUGAAGACUACCCCAUGGCAAGGCACUACAAGUCCUUACACCAUGGCAACCCUGCCUCCCUACAAGCUAUGGGUAUUGAUCAUAUUCCGGCCUCUAUUAGAAAAGGGGACCGUCUUAAACAGUUAAACCAAAGGGAACGUUUUUGGAUUUGCAAACUACAGGCCACUAAAUACCCUGGUUUAAAUGAAUAUAUGGAUUUCUCACCCUUCCUGUAGGGUCGUCAUGGGUCCAUUUGCUGUCAUCUAGUGGACAUUUUGCUCUAUUGCCCUCAGCUAUGGUUAGACUGUUGUUCAGGUUUUGCUGUGUUCUAGUGUACUAUGGAAUAUAUAGCUUUCUUAUUCUUGACACUUCUCCCAGUCACAUUUCAGGUUAGAACUACCUUUUAGUGUUCUGAUACUUCUAGUUUGGAGUUGUCUUUUUAUGAUAACAUUGCUACAGUAUUUCACCUUUUAAUGUGUAUAGUAUUGCUUACUAGGUGUGUCCAAUCAAUUGUGUAACCACUUUUUCCAAUUUGGGCUAAUUGUAAAGCUGUUAAAAAGGGGACCUUGUAUUCCUUUUGUUGUACUCCCUGACAAAGGCCAUGCAGCCGAAACGCGUCGGUAAAAAAUAAAAAUAAAAAAACACGUUUCUAUUGAACAUGCCAUACUAAUAAAGGCAUUUUAAUCAAUUA